UCUUUUUUGAUCCAUGAAUCGUCUCUGGUUCACAUACUUGUCCAAAUAAAUAAAUAAAAAACGAUCUGUCGGUUUCUUAGGAAAAAUAGAAAAAGAAAAAUAGAAAAGCUCUGCUUUCUCUUUCUUUCGUCUUUUUCUAGAUCGCAUUUUCUUAACUGUCGUUUCUUUUCACAAAUCUCGCCAAAGUCUGUGACAUCUCAUCGAAUUUAGCAAACCCCUUUGUCUCAAAAUCUAAUCCUUGCGUCAAUCUCGGUCCAAAAAAAAUCAAACCUUUUAUCUGUUUCCUCUGUUUUGUUCUCUCCCUUUUUGCUCUGUUUUUUCUAUUGAUUGUGAUCAUUACAAUGGGCUGUGCAAGCUCCAAACACAAAAAGCGUUGCAGUUAUUGUCGAGGAGGAUUAUCUCCGGUGGUUGUGCCUCGAAGCUACUCAAUGCACGUUCAUCAUCCUGCGCAGCACACCGGAGAUAGCCAUCACACGGUGGCUCUCACUUCCUCCACCGUCGGAUCUCUCAGCCUCUGUGACUCUCCUUUCAGGCAUAUCGACAAACACUUGGAAGGCAUCAAAGAAAAGCGAGUCGUCUCCGAGGAGAAGCUAAACUCCGGUGAUGGGUUUCAUCAGAAUGGUCUCGAGGUUAAAGAAACGGAGAAGCUGCAGUCUAAUCUUACGGAAGCCAAGGUUUGGUCGAGUAUGAUGAACGAGAGGAUCCCUAAGGUUGUGCCUAAAACUCCAAUUGUGACGCCUCCGGGUGAGCCAGAGACGAUCAAUACGUGGGAGUUGAUGGAAGGGCUUGAAGAUGCGAGUCCUUUACGACCACCUGAUCAUUUGAGAAGCUUCUCGUUUGAUGUUGUUCGUGUCCAUAGUUGUGAUGAAGAUGACGAUGGUCCGGCUCCGUUUGAUCGACCUAAGUCAAGGUUUCGUGAUUUGGAUCGUCCUGAGAUCGUGUCCUCUUUCAGGAAAUCGCUUCAAGAACUCCCAGAUGAUCAUCCUUUUCAUAUCCGGAUCCCUAAUGUGGAUCCAAUAUUUGUGUCUUCAGAUGAGGAAGAAGCAGAUUGUAUAAGAAGGCCAGACAAGGUGAUAGUUUACUUCACAAGUCUUAGAGGUAUAAGGAAGACAUACGAAGACAGUUUUAAUGUCAGGGUGAUACUAAAGAGCUUAGGAGUUCGUCUGGACGAGCGCGAUGUAUCGAUGCAUUCGGGUUUUAAAGAUGAGCUUAAGGAGCUGUUGAGGGAUGAGUUCAACAAUGGCGUUGGAAUAACCUUGCCUAGAGUUUUCUUGGGGAACAAGUAUCUUGGCGGAGUGGAAGAGAUAAAGAAGUUGAAUGAAAAUGGGACACUCGAAAAGGUUGUAGCAGGCUGCAAAAGAGUCGAAGAUGGCUUAACGGGCUGUGGGACUGAAUGUGAGGCUUGUGGAGAUGUUCGGUUUGUGCCGUGUGAGACAUGUUCAGGAAGCUGCAAAAUAUACAAUGAGAGUGAAGAUGAAAACGAAGAAGGAACAGAAGGUACAGAAGAAACAGAGUAUGGGUUCCAAAGAUGUCCAGAUUGUAAUGAGAAUGGGUUGGUCAGAUGUCCUAUUUGUUGUGAUUAAGUCCUUUUGAACAGACAAAAUCAAUUUCAUCUUUUUAUUUGGGGUUAUUAAAUUUCAUAUUCUGGGAUUUUUGGUGUGAGGCUCGAGAAUGUAUUCUUGUUGUACAGUGAUGUUCUCAUUGAUUGUGAAAAGAGACUUUAGGUUAAAAAUAAAAUGUGUUCAUAUUUUGAUAAUUUUGGGGAUGGGAUGUGGUUGUUAUUCCAAAGCAA